UUCCUCUUGAUGUUUGUGGCAAGACAGCUAUGAGGGCAUCUUGAAAGGGGGGUCUUUCUUUUUGUAGCAAAAUGUAGAGUUUAUUUAACUUUUCAUCCUGCCUUUAGCGUUUUCUUUAUUUUGUGUAUUGCUGUUGUGGAUAAAAUCAUAGCACAAAAAUAUGAGUUUUGUGCGUGGGGUAUUUUUUCCUUACGUCAAAAAUAGCCUACAUUCAUGCGUAAUUUAAACGCAAUUCUGAAUAUAACUACAAAAGUUAACUAAUCGUGGAUGUAGUCAUGGGGGUAAACUUGAAUUUGCGAUAUCUAAACCAUUAACGUUUGGAUGAAUUGUUUAGCAUGAGAGCAGGUGAGUCAGUCUUCGUGUUUGUCUAGUGAGGCGACGCGCGCAUUGCCCACGGAUAGAACGAAGCCAAGUGUUGGAGAACGGUGGAGAACGGCGCGGUGAUCUGUGCUGGGGAUUACGCCUUCGAACACUGGGGAAAAGCCAGGCACGCAGAUAUGGGUUCUAAGCUGUGUGAUGGACGACUGGCGCACCUCCCACUCCUCCUGCUCCUCGUCCUCCAGGCCCUGCUGCUGCUCUGCUCUGGUGAACGCACCUGCCCCCACAGCUGCCGUUGUGAGGGGAAAAUCGUCCAUUGCGAGUCAGCUGGCUUUUCAGAUGUCCCUGAGAACAUCUCAGUGGGCUGCCAAGGCCUCUCUCUCCGCUACAAUGACCUGCACACACUGCUCCCCUACCAGUUUGCCCACCUGAACCAAAUCCUCUGGCUCUACCUGGACCACAAUCAGAUCUCUGCUCUAGAUAGCCGGGCCUUCCAGGGGGUCCGCAGGCUUAAAGAGCUGAUCCUCAGCUCCAACAAGAUCUCUCAGCUCCACAACGCCACCUUCCACGGGGUGCCCAACCUCCGCAGCCUGGACCUGUCCUACAACAAGCUGCAGAUGCUGCAGCCGGGGCAGUUCCACGGCCUGAGGAAGCUGCAGAACCUCCACCUCCGCUCCAACGGCCUCACCAACAUCCCCAUCCGGGCCUUCCUGGAAUGUCGCAGCCUGGAGUUUCUGGACCUGGGCUACAACCGUCUCCGGGCCCUCACCAGGACCACUUUCCUGGGGCUGCAGAGACUCAUGGAGCUGCACCUGGAGCACAACCAGUUCUCCCGGAUCAACUUCUUUCUGUUUCCACGUCUUGCUAACCUGCGGGGGCUCUAUCUGCAGUGGAACCGCAUCCGAGCAGUCAACCAGGGCCUGCCCUGGAGCUGGCACACGCUGCAGAAACUGGACUUGUCUGGCAACGAGAUCCAGACCCUGGACCCAGCCGUAUUCCACUGCCUGCCCAACCUACAGAUCCUCAAUCUGGAGUCCAACAAGCUGUCCAACGUGUCCCAAGAGGCAGUGUCUGCCUGGAUAUCCCUGACCUCCAUCAGCCUGGCGGGUAACGUGUGGGAAUGUGGGACAGGCAUCUGCCCACUAGUGGCUUGGCUGAGAAACUUUCGAGGCACUAAAGACACCACCAUGAUAUGCAGCAGCCCAAAGCAUCUGCAGGGAGAGAAGAUCAUGGAUGCUACGAGGAACAAUGGAAUUUGUGAGGAAACGGACUACUUCCAGACAGAAACUCCUUCCCCGACCCCAGAUUUCAUUGAGACGACACCCGACCCAACCCCUGCUCCCACCAGCCCCCCUCCACCCCUGCCUCCACCUACCACCCUGGUCCCCCUACCCCCACCUCUGCCUCAGCCCCUUCCCCGCCCCACCUUCCCAAGCCGGGUAGGAAUUGACCCCAGAGACUCCCCUCCCCAGGCUCCACCCUCCCUCCGCAGCCUGGUGGUGACUCAGCCCCCAGAGUUGGAGCUCAUGUCCUUCCACAAGGUAGUGGUGGGCAGUGUGGCGCUCUUCUUCUCCAUGUCGCUCAUCCUGACCGUCAUCUAUGUGUCGUGGAGGCGCUACCCGAACGCUGCACGGCUCCUGCAGCAGAGCUCCGUGGUGGGCCGCAAGCGACGGAAAAAGAGCCCCGAGCCAGAGCAGAACCUGAGCUCCCAGCUGCAGGAGUAUUACAUGAGCUACAACCCGGCCGCCACCCCGGAGGGUUUGGAGGUGCUCGGCAACGGCACUGGCUCCUGCACCUGCAUCUCUGGCUCCAGGGAAUGCGAGAGUGAAUACACGUGUCCCCGACCAUUACCUGGAGCUUGGCUUGGAGACGUACCAACCAUUCACUAGAAGAUGUAUGUUUAACCAGCCCAUUGCUAACUUGCAGAGGAAUCAGGCCCUACAACACUACAGCUUCUCCAUUACUGUCUGUUCUGAUCCUACAGUGGCACUCUCUAAACGUCUACAAACACACUUCAAAGUAUACCUCCACGAGCCCAUUCACAAUCUAAUGUAGGAGCAAGAAUGACUUUCAUGAUUUCUAUCACGCUGAAUAUUUAUGUUUUCUUUUCUUUUACAAGGUCUCUAUACUCUUUCUGACUGGUUCUGCCCUAGGACAGUGUUCAUCCAGCUAUGACCUAGGUUGCUGUUAACGCACCGGCCACUUUAACCCUUUGAUUAGCCAAUUGUGCUAGUCCAGAUUGAGGGGGGUUGAAACACUUCGCGUCUGCAGCACCUCUCUGACCGUUGCCAUGGAAACAUGGGACUUGGCGUGUGACACAAUGGGAAGUGGAACCCUGUCACUCUGCUGGAGGCUGGCGACGUGGAAAUGGGCUGUGGAGCUUAAGGAACAUUACAUCUAAUGAAGGUGACAAGUGGACAGGGCUGUGACCGCCCAGACAUUUCACAGUGAAGUUUCAGCCCAGCCAUUUCCAUGAUUUUUCUUUGCUGUUGAACAACCCAUUAUUUGCAGCUGUGGUUUCAAAAAAUAUUCAUAAUUUCUAAUCCGUCAAGAUGGCUUCAAAAUAAGCUAUCUUCUGAUUUGCGGCUUAGAAGUAUUUAUGAUUAUUUUGUUUGCUUUACAAGUUUACAGUGUGCACCUGUCUGUUGAGUAAUAUUUGAGUUAAGCUGUCAUUGUUCAUCUAGUCGCCUGGGGAGCUGGAGGGAGUUUUCUAAAACAUCUGACGAUCUACUCUGGAGAACAACUGAUCCUCUUGCCAAUCACACCUGGUGGAGGACUCAAUCUAUUCCCAGACACACAGACAACUCUAAUUACACACCUUGGCCCAUAAUCAGGACAGGAAAUAAAAUAAAAAGUCAAACUGAGUCUCAAACUUCUCAACUGUAGUAUAUGUCUAUUUCAAGAACAAAAAAAUGUACCGUCUCUCUCCGACAACAAAAGCCUUUAGGGGUGGGUGUUUUGUGUGUCUGGGCUCUAUUCAGUCAGCGUGAUUGAAAUUUAAAGGCAAUGUUCCCACGUUA